AUUAUCUUAAAUAAAAAUUGUUUGAUGUUUUUCUCUUAACAGUCUAACAACCAGUGUAAUAAAAUUAUUAAUUUAUAUUUGACAUUCAAGCUAAUUAUUUUCUCCAUAAUGUUUAUAGCAUUACUAAAAUGAUGCAAUUUAAGUAUUUUUUGUAUAGUUUUAAUGUUUACUUAAUUGAAACUGCAAAGACUAUCUACUUUGUCUAUUAUAAUGAAGUUUUAGGGCUUAUAAAAUGAAUUAUAGCAGCACAAUUUUAAAGAUUUAUAUAUUAUGAAUUCCGUAUCGUGAUCUGUGGCAGAAUAGUCGCCAAGUCUUGGCACAUUCCUGGCAGCAGCCUGUGAGAAACUAAAAAAAAGGAAUCAACUCAAAAGGUUGCAUUUUAUUAUGUUGUGCUACUGCAAUGUACUUGGCCUCAACUAGAAACCAAUACACAACAUUCUACUGUAAAAGUUAUGCUGCUAGCAGAUAUUCACUUGCUGGGACCACGUUUUGGCCAUUGGUUUGAUAAACUAAGGAGAGAGUGGCAAAUGUAUAGAACUUUCCAAACUGCAAUGAGUCUUCACAAUCCUCAAGCUGUUUUUAUAUUAGGUGAUAUAUUUGAUGAAGGCUAUCACUGCAGUGAUCAAGAUUUUAAUAAUUAUAUUAAACGUUUUUAUAGUUUAUUCUAUGUACCUGAAAAUACUAAGUUAUAUAUAGUCAUUGGUAAUCAUGAUAUUGGAUUUCAUUAUGGGAUAAGACCAGCCUUGAAAGAGAGGUUUAGUAAAGCAUUCAAUGUGUCAUCUGUUGAAAUGGUAACCAUGAAAGGGAAUAUAUUCAUCUUAGUCAGCAGUAUGGCAUUGCAUGGUGAUAACUGCUUUCUCUGUAAACCAGCCGAAGAGAAACUCAAACAAACCUCUCACUUACUCAAGUGUUCCAGGAAUCAAGGAGAAGGUGAUGACUGUAAAAAAUACAAAACUCUUCCACAAUAUAGUCCACCAAUAUUUCUACAGCAUUUUCCUCUGUACCGUCCAUCUGAUAGCCAUUGCAAAGACAUUGAUGCAGCUCCAUCUAAUAUCAUUAAUGAGCCUUUCAGAGAAUUUUGGGAUUGUUUAUCAAGAGGAUCAACUAAUAAAGUGCUGAGCUUACUUGAGCCGAGAGCCGCAUUUUCUGGUCACACUCAUCAUGGCUGUUUCACUGUUCACAGAGAACAGAUACCUGAAUGGACUAUUCCAUCUUUUAGCUGGAGAAAUAAAAAUGAUCCCAGUUUUAUAUUAGCUGCAUUUGCUCCUGAUACUUACAAAGUGACAAAGUGCUACAUGCCAAAAGAAAGUACGGUGAUAAGUAUUUACGUAGCUGGAAUUGUUCUCAUAAUGCUCUGGAUGUAUUUCAGUCGACACAGAUUCUUGAGGGGAGUCUUUUAUAAAGAUAAAUGAAUGUAUAUAAACCUGCGACAGAGUCUUUCAUUUUUAUAGCAAGUCUGUUACUUUAGUUUAAGAGUUUAAAUAAAGUUGUAUAUUUGUUAA